UUACACUUGCAGAGCAUCAGACCACAACACAACACAACACAACACAGAUCACUCCUUCUCUCAUAGGAUCUCUCUCAAUACAACAUAGUACUAUAGUUGUAUCAUGGCCGGUUACGGUGUUGGUGUUCUCGCCCUGCUGCUUCUGAUUGUGGCUCCGUCGGCGGAGGCUCGGGCGUUCUUCGUGUUCGGCGAUUCGCUUGUGGAUAAUGGCAACAACGAUUACCUAGCCACCACUGCCCGGGCCGACUCGCCGCCUUAUGGCAUUGACUACCCGACUCAUCGCCCCACCGGCCGAUUCUCCAACGGCCUCAGCAUUCCUGAUAUCAUUAGUGAGCGGUUGGGAUUGGCGGUUGCAGAGCCGUAUCUGAGCCCAAUGCUGAAAGGGGACAGGCUGCUCGGAGGAGCCAACUUUGCUUCUGCUGGAGUUGGCAUCCUCAAUGACACUGGCUUUCAAUUUUUGAACAUAAUCCAUAUUGGGAAACAAUUGGAGUACUUCGAACAGUAUCAGAUGCGUGUGAGUCAACUUAUCGGGGCAGAAGGGACGCGGCAGCUGGUCAACGACGCUCUGGUGCUAAUCACCCUCGGUGGAAACGAUUUCGUUAACAACUACUACUUGGUUCCAUACUCCGCAAGAUCUCGUCAGUUCUCCCUUCCUGACUACGUUCGCUACCUCAUUUCUGAGUACCGCAAAAUUCUUCAGAAAAUGUAUGAUUUGGGAGCCAGAAGGGUGCUGGUGACAGGAACAGGACCACUAGGGUGCGUGCCGUCAGAGCUGGCGCAGAGGAGCCCAACAGGGGUGUGUGCAUUGGAACUGCAACGGGCUGCCAACUUGUACAACCCCCAGCUGCGUCAGCUAAUUGCGGAACUCAACAACGAGCUCGGCGCCGAUGUUUUCAUUGCUGCCAACACUUUCCAAAUGAACAUGGACUUUAUCUCCAACCCCCGAGCAUACGGAUUCGUGACAUCAAGGAUAGCAUGUUGUGGACAAGGUCUGUACAACGGGAUCGGGCUAUGCACAGCGCUGUCCAACUUGUGCCCAGACAGGAACAUAUUUGCAUUCUGGGAUGCAUUCCAUCCGACGGAAAGGGCAAGCAGGAUUAUUGUGCAGCAGAUCCUGACCGGAACCUCGGAGUAUAUGCAUCCCAUGAAUCUCACUGCCGUCAUGGAGUUGGAUUCCAGGAGGACCUAAUAAUCAGCCAUGCUGCCGCGGCGGUGUUAAUCCUCAGUAUUAUUGUUUGUUUUAUUGUGAUUGUGGAUCAUCUUGUUUUGCCAUUAGAUUUAUAUAUAUUAUAUUAAGUAGAGUUAUGUAUGAUUCAUCGUUAUAAAUGUAUAACUAUAUGUAUACUCUGUAUUCCGUGAGUGAUGUUUAGUUGCUUUUAAGGUUUGUGGCAACUUUGUCAAUUUGUAGUUCAAGGUUUCGGAGAAAUAAUUAUCCAAACAUUUAUUUUUUUGGAGAA